AAGGUUCCUCCCAGCGCCACAUGGCCAUCGCCACACGGCCAUCACCAUGGUGAAGCUGAGCAAAGAGGCCAAGCAGAGAGUGCAGCAGCUCUUCAAGGGGGGCCAGUUUGCUAUGCACUGGGGCUUUAUACCUCUUGUGAUUUACCUGGGAUUUAAGAGAGGUACAGAUCCUGGAAUGCCUGAACCAACUGUUCUGAGCCUACUUUGGGGAUAAAGGAUUAUUUGGUCUUCUGGAUUUGGAAGCAAUUAGCAGACAGCAUGGAAGAUGUAUGCUCUGGCUCGGAUAAGAGAUGGGACAUCGUUCGGUCGCCAGCUGGAUGGCACAAGGCUUGUCACAGAUGAAUCUCUAGCAGAAUGGAACUUGUACUAACUUAUGAUAGAAUGUAUCAGAAUAAAUGUUUUUAACAAUGUUAAAAAAAAAAAA